GCGAAAGUCGAGCGGUGAGCACCGGAGAAAGCAACAAUCUCGGACCAAUCGCUUGCAAAAGACGGAGGAGCUCGACGAAAGGAGAUAUGUUUCUAUGUAGCUACUUGUUCUGCGUCUUUUUUCUUCUGCUGCAAGGUGGCUCAUCACUACGAGCCUAUAACCGCGAGCGGCACAGCAACAUCCUUAACUCCAUCUUCGAGAAGAACGCCUACGACAAUAGCGUGCGGCCGCCAAGCAUCAAUGACACAGGUCCUGUUCACGUCGAGGUGAGCAUGUUCGUCCUCUCCAUACCCGAGGUGUCGGAAAAGAAUAUGGACUACACGAUUCAGGCGUACUUCAGGCAGAGCUGGCUCGACCCGCGGCUGGCGUUCGACGACCGCGCCGGCGACGUCCAGUAUGUCACCCUCUACGACGCCGAGAAGAUCUGGACGCCAGACGCGUUCUUUUCCAACGAGAAAGAAGGCCACUUUCACAAUGUGCCCCGGCCCAAUUUAUUCGUCCGCAUCUUCCCGACGGGACGGGUUUUGUACAGCGCGAGACUCACGCUGAAGCUGUCGUGCCCGAUGGAUCUGAAGAGGUAUCCCUUUGACGUGCAGGUGUGUUCAGUCAUCAUGCCAAGCUACAAAUAUACGAUGGAUGACAUUGUGUUCGCCUUCAAACUGCACCAGCCUAUGGGCUUCGACGAUGGCCUUCUCAUCAGGAACUACAAACUGACUAGCCACGUGCUGGGAAGUUGCAAGAGCCGAACGAUCACAGGUGACUACUCCUGCCUUCGGGUGGAGAUCUGGUUCCAGCGUCUAUCGCGCAGCUUCGACGUGCUGGUGUUCAUCCCGUGCGCCAUGUACGUUCUCCUGUCCUGGAUCCCGCUCUGGCUGGACAACACCGGUGCAGCCACGCGAACGCGCCUGGCGGUUCCUGCUCUGGUGCUGGUCGCCAUGGGCUCGACGGUGUCUAGACUCCGGGAGUCCGUGUUCCCUCGCGCCAGCUACACCAUGGCCGUGGACGUGUGGACCUCAGUGACAUUCGCCUUCGUGGUCGCCCUCUGGAUCGAAGUGGCGAUCGUCGAGCUCAUCGUUCGCUGUUGUCAAGGCGGAACCGGGAAGACGGCGGCUCUGGUGCCCAAAGUCGAUGACAAAAACUUCGGUGAAGCGGAUGCCCUUGAACUUGUGGAAGGUGCGAAGAGUGGCGCGAAGAACGGGCCAGCGCGGCACAACGACCAAGGAACCAAAGCACCAACGACCUGGCAGACUCCUGUCCGGAACUGGCUGAAGGCGCCGCGAUCGACUGCAGACAAAGUGGACCUCGCCUCUCGCAUUGUGUUUCCGGUGGCGUUCUUGCUUUUCGUGGUGAUCUACAUCCGGAACUACGCGGUCAAGGCGGGCGCUCACGAGGACUGGAUCUGACACCGCGCGUCACGCUGAUGGAACCUGCGCGAACCGGCGGCGGUGCUUGCCAUCCAUUCAUAGCACGCUGGCAGAGUGAUCCGCCGGCUUCAGUAUAGAGCGCACGCCUUGUAACUUCGCACCUGGAGCGAGCUUUAGACUAAGAGACCAUGAGCGCUGCUGAGAUGCUGCCCUUGUACACUCAGCUGCAUGUACGGAAUGCUUGUGCAUUAUUUCUUCAGACGCACUGACAAACACCUUUUUGUAAGUGGGUUGUUACUUUUCUCUUGUGAUUAAAAAAAAGGGGGAUAAAUAAACAUAUGAGCAGUUACUAUCA